AUGGCUCUCACAGCACCGCACAGCUCGCUCCUGCGCGAGCGCAUUGUGGACGUGGACUGGGAGGUGGACGUAUUGGUUGCGUCGGGGCAACUCGCGCGUGUCGGUGUCCCCACGGUUCUCCUCACACUUACGCUGAGCAGCGGCAUCGUCCUGCGCUACCGCCUCACCGUGGCGGAGCUGCAGCAGUGGCGCUUCACUAUGGCAAAGGUCGUGCGGGACCACAUCUACUUGGAGAGGGCGCAGCCGCCCACUGGGCCCAGCGUAUUCGACAGCAGCGCCGCUUGA